AUGAAGAGGGCUGUGAGGUUUGCAGGGCGCUGGCUGAGCCACGCAGGAGUUUGCGCAGUAGGCGGUGCUGGUUACAUGUUCUACAGACACUCAAGUCCGCCGGACUCGCGGCCAGAAGAAAGCUUUGCGGCUGGGUUACGGUUGAACUCCAAUUCAGAUGUAGUGGCUCUUGGUGGAUGCCUUGAUGUGCAUGGCGUUGCCGUGAUGGCCAACGUGGUGCCACUUCGGCGUGAAAGGGGACAGGAGUACUGCAGGCCCUUCGCCAGGGUACUUGAAGGCAUCACCUUUCAGGGACGUUCCUUGCUCACUCCUGCCGGUGGUUUGAACCUAGAUGUCUUUGGUGCAGCCAUUGGUUCUGCAAUUUCGAUGCCUUUGCUUAUUCCUGGCUCAUUCCUGGCCGGGGCAUUGGUUGGUGAAUCCUCUGGCUACCUGGUAUCGGUUAUGCAGUCGAUGCAGCACCCAACCCUGAAGGCGCUCCUCGAUGCAGCCUGUUCCAGGAUUGGUCAGUGCACGCCCUCGCUGCGCUUCGACCCGGAGGAGCUCAGCGAAGGCUGGUCCGUUGCUCACGUUGCGGUUCAGCCGAAAGCUACGGAGGCGGAGAACUCUCGCUUGGGUCCCUGGGGCUCGGCACUGUCGUUGCUCCUGUUCGGGCCUUUGGCUUUCAAGAAGAAAGACGACGCGGAUGCAAAUUCGCCCCAGCAGAUGCCGAGAGGUGUUGCCGGGUGGCAUACGUGGUGCUUUUAUCACAGGGAAGAGCUGACUGAAGAAGGAGUUAUGCCUGAUGUGGCCCAAUUGAUGCACGAAGCUCACCGCGCGUCGUGGCACAGCAGCCACGAUUCGACAGACCUGCUGAGCACGGAUGCUGCAUGGCGCCUUCCUGACUUGGCUUUGACUGCUGCCACGCUGCGUUCGGCUGAGAAGCUCUGGCUGCCGGUGCUUCAAGCGCAGCUCCAGCAGAGCAGCUUUAGUCAGAGAGAUGAGGGGGAGGUGGAAGAGGAGGAGCGUCCCAGGCCCAGGCCGGUCCCGGUCCCGGUGCGGCAGGGUGAUUCCCUGUCGCUGAAGCAAGCAUCGCUCCUGUGGGCGGACUCGGGUGCGGCUUCCGGGCGCGCGCCCGGAAGCUCUUGGACAUGGUCAGACCUUGACUUGGAUUUUGCAACAGGGUCAGCAGAGGGUAUCUCUGUGGUGGUGCCUCUCGUCGAUAUGGCCCAAGGCUUCGCGCAGCUGGAGGUGAUCGCCGGCUCCCACAAAGGGCUGAAGGGGUGGAACUUGCAGGAGGUCACCCUCGACAACGUGGCUGCGCUGGCCGGAGACAUCUUGGUGCUGGACAACAGAGUUUGGCACCGGUUGAGAGUGCCCACACCACAUGCACAAAAGGUGGUGCUUCUGCAGUACGAGUAUGCCAUCGAGUCGAACGGAAGCUCGGCGUUCGAGCUGGACUCGGAGGCCUCCUCCGAGGCGAAGCCAGAUCCGGCUGCAGAGCUCAUGAGCCUUGCCGAGUUCCACAAGUCGUGCAAGGAUGACAUGAAGAUGCUGCAGGCAGCGGAAGAUGCCAUGGCCAUCUACCGAGCCAAAAACAGCUUGUCGGGACAGUCGAAUGCUUUGCGGCUGCUCGUCAAGGCCCACUGUACAGCUCAGAACGACCUGAAGGGUAUCGAGGUAGCCGAGGCCGCACUGGAGCAGUUUCGUGGUCAGCGGUACAAGCGCGGCGAGGCAGUUGCCUUGGAUCAGAUCGCGUCCGUCCAGUACAACAUGAGAAGACCUUCAGAGGCCCUGGACAAUGCCCUCCAAGCUCUGGAUAUCAUCAAGGAGUUGGAGGACCUGCCAUGGGAGGCUGUCAUGCUGCAUUCUGUGGCGGCUCUGCGCUGUGCCACGAAGCAGUACCCCGAAGCACUCCAAGCAGCGCAGGAGGCAAUCUGGAUACUAGAAGAUAUCGGAGAUCGAAGCGGGUUUCGCUGUGGCAUCUUCUGGAAAGCUCCCUGUGAUGUGCACACCCGGCAUCGAGAUGAAGACGCUUUCGCGAACUUGUGGACGAAGCUGGCGCUUUGCAUAGACAGCUCAACAAGCAAGCCCCUGGAUGUUACACACGGCAACUAUGAGUUUGCCAUGUACUCCCUAGCCAUGCAGUCCGUUUUCAGCAAGGUUAUUGCUGCGAAGGGCGUCUCCCCGCCGCCUCCCCCCGGCAAGGGUGGGCCCGGAAAAGGCGGCAAAGGGCACGUUAUCCCGGCCAAAGCGAAGGUGGCCUACAAGACGCCACAACCGGGACCGCCCAACAAGCCGGCGACAACCAGUCCGCCUAAGCCGAAGACGACCAGUCCGCCUAAGCCGAAGACCAGUCCGGUCAAGCCGACGACAAGUCCACCAAAGCUGAAGACAGCAAGUCCACCCAAGCUGAAGAUCCUUCCCAGCAAAACCAAAGCCUCCGCGCUGCUCAUAGCCAAAAGUGGAAGGCAUGGCCAUGAGUUCGGAGCUGUGUCUGUUCGAUGUAAGAACUUGAGUUUCCUCGACAGGCCGAAGCCUGGCGCAACAACGCCCAAGGCUCCUCUGGCAGUAUUGGCAGUGUUGUCGAAGACACAGAACUAUGUCGAACUCGUCAAUUUUCGCCUUUGCCAAACCUUCCCCACUUCCUUUGGGCUUUUUUCGCCUGUGUGGCUUUGCUUCUCAGGCAUCGCCGGCAGCGAGCCGCGCGUCAGAGAAGCGGGCGCCAGCGAGGCUCGCCAAGAUAUCGGGAUGCUGAGAAAGUCCGUUGAAGAUUCACCUGCAUGCCUGGAGCAAUGUCGUGUGAGCGCAUAUGCCGACAGCAGAUCACGCAACGGCUCCGACCCAAACUCCGAGGAAUGCGUGCUUGUCUCUUUCACGUUGAAGCCCAAACGAUCGACACCCUCUGCAUGCGCGCCGCCGGCUGCAGAGACGGAGGAGCCGGUGCCGCCUGUGCCGCCUGAAUCUGCUGCAGCGACCACCUCCAAUGCGCCGCUUCCCAAGGCUCCUGUGCCCGUCAAGGAGGAGUGCACAGACUACCCUGCAGGCAUCGAGCCACCGCAAUAUGCUGAUACUGCGGCGUCAAAGCAAGACUCCGCCGGCUUCAUGAACCUGGGCAUGAUUGCGGCCAUGGCUGGGGCCGUGUCAAGCCGGUGCCGCCAAGUCGUGCAGAACUCAGCCCAGGUCUUGCAGACCACGAAGCAGUCACCGGCGUCCUCGGGAGCGGCUGCAGUGGAUCCAGUGGACGAUCCAGAAACCUUGCAGAAGAUGGCCAACCUGGAGCGCGAACUCGCGCAGGCGAGAGCAACGGAAGACCUGCUGCGGGACCAAAUGAACUCACUGGAGAGCCAGUACGAGGAGGCAAGAGAGGAGGACAAGCGGCAACUGGCGGAUGCCAGGCAGAACCUGACGGAUGCGAUCCGUGAAAGAGAAGAGCUCCAAGAAGAAAAAGAGAAGGAGGAGGAGAAGGCGCUUGCGGCGAAGACAGUGCUGGAGGAGGAGCUCACUGACGCACGCCAGACCUCCGAGAAGAACGAAGCCGAAAGAGACGCGCUCCAGAGCCAGAACGCCGCGCUUCAGGAGCAGAACACCGCGCUCCAAGAGCAGAACGCUGCGCUCCUGGAGCAGAACGCCGCGCUGAAAUCCGAGCUGGAGCACAGCCGGGCGAAGCUGGAGCGUGUGUCAGAAAAGAUGAAAGCAGCGCAGCUUCGAAACGAAGCAGCCGUGAAAACCGGCAUCGAGUACAGCCUCACCAUGCUGAAUAAACUAUCUGAAAACCUGAAGCGAGCAGCCGCCGAUGAGGACCUCAGCGAUGCGGGGGAGGCCUUGCAGCAGGUCAUGCAGGAUCCGACCCUCCCACCGCUGGUGGAGAGUCUCGGUAUCGGCCCGGCCUCCGGGAAAGAAAAAGCGCUGGAGGGCCUCAGGGACGUCUUCCGCUCCAAAGGCUUGGAGCCGAAAGACGACACGGAAUCAGAGGAGCAGGACGAGCAAGAGGAGCCGGAGCAAGAAGAAGGAGCCAGCUCCAGCGAGGACGAAGGCGCGGCACCUGAUGCACCUGGUGCAGGCAAUGCAGGUGACAAUGACGAUGCAAGGAAAGCUACCUGUGAUCAUCAAGUGCAGUCUUGGCGCUCCGAGCGCCAGGAGCCUCAGCCGUCCCGCCAGAAAGAGGCGAAAGAGGAGCCGGGGCUCGGGGUGUUCGGCUGUUCGGCUCUUCCUGCAUCGUUUGAGUCCUGGGACUGGGAGUUCUUCACCACAGGACUUCCGCCUCCUCAAGGAGGCGGAGGCGCAAUGCUCAUGUUAGAAGAUGAAGCCAAAAAAGCCUUUACUUUUACAGUAUGUCUUGCCGAGCAAUCCUUCCAUACCGUAUACCUUUUCCUACUGGCCUGUUCCAACCUUUCGACAGUUGUUGAAGUGCAGUUGCCGGAUAUGGUACUGCUGAAUCUCGAACGUGGUGCUGUGCACUUCUGCAACUUUCUGUGCCGUGCUCCAUUACAUUCCGUUACUCAGAGCAUCUCUUCAACUUCGCCCUCCAUGGCUUUCCGAUCGCUGGAAGCUCUUGUCGCAAAGCCCCACAGGCAAGUCCAAACCCAGCUGCAUGAGUACCAGGAGGCUCUGAGCACCGCGGAAGAGGCAGUGGCGAUCUUUCGGGAGCUCAAGGAUCGUCGUGGGGAAGCAACCGGUUUGCUACUGGCAGCCAAUGUCUACAAGAUGGUUGGUCAGCUAGAGGAGGCUGAGAAGUGGUUGCUGGAAGCACAAGAGAUCUUUGAGGACUUGGGUGAGAGGCGUUUGUUGGCCCAAGUGCUGCACAGCAUGGCCAAGAUUCACAUUGCCAAGCAGGAGCCUGCAGAGGCAGUUCGACUUGCCUACGAAGCACAUGCGCUUUGCAAGAGGGCUCGUGAUAAGGCCGCGGAGGCUGGGACGCUGCUCUUCACCGUCGAGGCUCAUCUUUCCUUCAUUGCGCAGCUCGUCGAGAACGGAAGGAUGCGAGGGAGCCGAGAGCUCGAAGAGCAGCUCUCAAAAGCAGAAAAAGCUGGAAUAGCUGCAAAGAGAAUAGCAGACAAGCUGGGCCAUCAGCAGACCAUAGCUGAUUGCUUCUACGCCUUGUCGGAAGUCAACCUGGUCAGCGGCAGGUAUCAGGAGGCUCUGGACGGUGCUGACGAGGGCAUCAAGAUCUACCAAGAUGUGGGUUACCAGCUUGGCGAGUGCACCUUCGUGAACAUGAAAGCACAGGCUCUGCUUGUCAGCGGUAAGAACGACGAAGCCUUGAUUGCUGCACAGGAGGCAGUGAGCAUGGCAAAGGCGAUGGACGACAAGCCUUUAGAAGUUCUCGCCCAAGAGAUUCUGGAUAAAGUGCUGCAAGGCCAGCAGAUGGGCGUCCAGCCGACCCAGGUUAGUCAGCCCAGGUACGUCCAGGAAGAGGAGGAAGACGAGAUUCAGGAGGUGCCAGCCGAGUCCCGCAUAGAGGAGGAGAAGCCGAAGGGCCUGGAGCCAGCCAUUGUCAGCGACAUGUUGCACAACAUGCUCCGUGAGAUGAUGGGCUCAGACAUGGAAUCUGAUACUCCCUUGAUGGAUGCUGGAGUAGACAGCUUGAUGAGCAUCGAGUUCAGGAGCCAGGUGAAUCAAGCCUUUUCUGGGCUCGGCCUUUCCUCAACGCUGACGUUCGACUAUCCGACGAUCAGAGAGCUGACCGGGCACAUCGUUGAUAAGAGCAAGAAUCAAUAA